AUGAUCGGCUCCACAAUCACCAAAAUAAAAACAGAUGCUUUAUCACCUGUAGACGAGGAAAAGGCAUUUCUGCUAUCAGACGACAAAUCAUUAUCCGACAUUGAGAGCGACGCUGGAAGAGCGCAACUGGAAUCCAAAUUCCCUCCGUCGUCCAACGCAGCAACGUCAUGGCUGACAGCGGCCGGGACGUUUGCUGGAAACAACUCAUCGAGGCCGGUAUCCUCCAAGACUGUCAUGGCUCGAAUCGCCCUUUUUCUGCUGCCCAGUUUCCUCCCCUCUCGGCUCUCAAGUCUGCCACCAAGAGAUGCACGCCGGUCAAGUAGAGCAGAGCGGGUCGGCCCGACGGCAUACCUCGACGGCAUGCGGGGGGUCGCAGCUUUUGCCGUCUUCUUCUGUCACUACUUUUAUACUUGUUUCCGCAUCGCUGAGGGAUAUGGCUUUGGCGACAAAAACUACAACAUCCUGAAGCUCCCUUUCAUACGCCUCUGGUACCAGGGCCCUCCCAUGGUUUGCGUCUUCUUCGUCAUCUCUGGUUAUGCCUUGUCACUGAAGCCCCUGAAGCUGGCACGAGCGGCAGCUGCGCCUCGGUCGUCGACUUCGAGUCCGUCACCAACCGAGGCUUUCUCGACGACCAUGUCAUCCUUCAUCUUUCGGCGCUUCUUCCGACUCUUCCUACCCACAGCGAUCUCUACCUUUUUGAUCGUGAUCCUGCUCCGCAUUGGAGCAUACGAAUGGACGCGCGACUUUGCCCACAACAAGGAAUUUAUGCGCAACGUGCAGGAAAUGCACCCCGGGCGCCUUGAAACAACCUCGGAGCAGCUCUGGGACUGGCUAAGAGCCAUGUUUGAAUUUAUUCACGUCUGGGACUGGCAGCCAUUUGGCGGCAGCACUGCCUACGACGUACACCUGUGGACGAUACCAGUCGAAUUUCGGUGCUCCAUGGUUCUGUUUCUGACCAUUGCCGGCGUCGCCCGCCUCCGUACCGCCGUACGCCUUGUGGUGCUGCUACUUCUGGCACUCUUCUGCUACCGAUCGGACCGAUGGGAUAUGCUUCUGUUUUACAGCGGCACCAUACUCGCAGAGCUGGAUCUGAUUCGCAAUGCGCACAGCGACCCGACAACCAACGCUGCCGUGGCGCUGUCCCCUGUGUCGCCCGAGCUGCCCUCAAUGUCAUCGAGCUCACCUGCCCUGCUCCGAUCUCCGACGAGCAACAGCCCCGGUUUCGCGAACCAUGGCCGGCCCCGCCCGCUCCGCAGGAUGCUCUGGUCGGCACUCAGCAUCCUCGCCCUGUAUUUCAUGAGCCAGCCUGACGUCGGCUCUGAAGACACGCCGGGUUGGGUGUUUCUGACGUCGUGCAUCCCCGAAUGGUGGUCGGACAAGUACCGCUACUGGCAGACGAUCGGUUCUAUCCUCUUCGUUGCAGCGGUUGGCCGCCUGCCGUUCUGGCAACGCGUCUUCAGCACCUCCCCUGCCCAGUACCUCGGUCGCAUCAGCUACUCCGUCUACCUGAUGCACGGCCCCGUGUUACACACUGUUGGUUACAUGAUCGAGGCACGGUCAUGGGAGGCCGUCAGCGCUGCCAAGGAAGGCGGCGAGGCGAGGUACAUUGCUGGUUUCGUAUUAGGGAGCUUUUUCAUCGUGCCCAUUGUCGUCUGGGUGGCUGAUGUUUUCUGCCGCGCGGUAGAUGCCCCUGUGGUGAAGUUUUCCAAGUGGCUUGAGGGGGCGUGCUCUGUGAGCUCGGAAUCAGGCAAAUGA